AUGGAAUGCGCGCUGGCGCCAUUCAGUCUCAGACACACCUGCGCUGUGCAGCGCAACAACAAUGGUGAAGUUCACACGCACAAGAGCACGCCACGCCGCCUGCUCAAAGCCAAAGCCAAAUCACGAAUUCCUUAUGCAAAACCGCCAAUUGGUCAGCUAAGAUUCUCAAUUCCAGAGCCACCUGAACCUUGGGAGGAUGUAAGAGAUGCUACAAAUGAGUGCAACAUCUGCAUACAAUAUGAUAAAGUGAAGGGAACAAUAGUUGGCGAUGAAGAUUGUCUUUAUUUAAAUGUUUAUUCACCACAACUAGAGAAUGAGGGCUCACAGCUCCCUGUAAUGGAAGAUGACAUUUCUGAUACAGACAAAUUGGUACGAGAGAGAAUGAUAACAAUGUGGACUAAUUUUGCCAAAUACAGCAAUCCUACACCUGAUAUUGAUGAUGUCAUAACUACAAAAUGGGAACCUACAGGUGACUCCAAAAUGGCAUACCUGUUCAUAGAUGACAAGCUUACUAUGAAAACCGAACCAUACCCAGCUAGAACAAAGUUAUAUGAAGAACUAUAUAAAAAGUAUGAAAAUUUA